AUGCUGUCCAAGACGCUUCUGGUUCUCGCAUCGGCUGCCUCACUGGCAAGCUGCCAGUCUAACAUUACCAUUGACCCAACCUCGGUUCCCUAUCCAACCCGACAGGCUUGGUGCGGCUCCCAAACGUCCUCCUGUCCCCUCCUCUGUCUACAACUACCCGGUGCAUCAGGAUCUCCCACUUCGAACACCUGCGAUGCAGCAACGCUAAACUACAACUGCGUCUGCAGUAACGGCGUCUCCCCCAACGCCACCGAAUACUCUCAGACAAUUCCCUACUACACCUGCACAGAGCACAACAACCAAUGCGUCACCAGCUGCAAUGGCGACUCCAACUGCCAAUCUGACUGUCGGUCAAACAACCCCUGCGGAGCUCGGGCCCCUAAGCAUUACAAUUUGACUACUACGACUGCAUCUGCUACCGCGACUGCUACAGAGACACCGGUUAGUACUCUUGUCAAUGGGUCGACCGGUGCUGCGCCGCGUAUGUUCUCUAUUGAUAUGAGUCAUGUCUAUGGGCUCUGUGCUGUUGUCGGUGUUUUUACCGCUGGUUUUGCUUCCAUGCUGUAG